GGACUGUCAACAUCAGAGUGAUGAAGAAAGAUUGUGGUGGAGAGUCUUUUGUUAAACGAAACGAAAUGUUUCAAUAAAGCUUUUUCGUUUUAUUUGAAAUUUACGUUAUACAAGGAUUAAUUCAAAUAAAGACUAGAAUUUAUCAACGUACUUUUUUUCUUCCAACAGUGAUGUGAUUUGAGCUGCGUGAAUUAAUUUUCUGUCGAAAUAGAGCGAAACCGAAUAUAGCGUCCUCUAGUUCUAGUCGAGUGCUGCUCUGCCGAGCAUUCUGGAUUCUGGUGCUUGCCUCGCCCGUGAUAAUGGCGAUUUCCGAGUAUUUAUAUUGUUUAUGUAUUCUAAAAUAAAGCAAAAUGAUGGAGGAUGAAUUAAAGUGCCCCUUGUGUAAACAUUUUUACAGCAAUCCGGUGCUUUUACCUUGUUAUCAUUCCCUGUGCUUAAACUGUGCUCUACAUGUCCAGCAGCCCGCACAGCAAGUGAACCAAGCGACACAGGAAGAUGCAAAUCAUCUGAAUGAUAUUCCUCCUGAUUGCCCUGAUGUCGAUAAAUUGAGCUUGGUCAGUGAAACAGAUAGCGGUGUCGUUUGUAACAGCAGACCAAACAGUUAUGUGGGUACUCCGAGUCAGGGUAUUCUUCUACCGCCUUUACACAGUAGUGCCCUGUCUCUGAGCUGCCCCGUGUGUCAAAAAACUGUGUAUUUCGAUGAUAAUGGAGUACACAAUCUUCCUAAAAAUCGCGCUUUACAGAACAUAGUGGAUAAGUACGGCGAGAGCAGGAAUCUCGCUGUGCAGUGCCAGUUGUGCGAAGAUGAACCGCAAGAAGCGGCUGUGAUGUGUUUACAAUGUGAAGUAUUUUAUUGCAAUGUGUGUCGCGAUAAUUGUCACCCCGCCCGGGGACCACUAGCCAAACAUACUUUAGUCAAUCCACACGAGGGUAAAGCUGCCCUCAGGGCCAAAAAUAAAAACAAAGAACCGAAAUGUUCGGAUCAUAAUGAAGAAGCACUCAGUAUGUACUGCAUGCUUUGUAAAGUAGCUGUUUGUGUUUUGUGCUUACAAGAAGGCAGGCAUUUGAGUCAUGAUGUUCAAGCACUUGGCUCUAUGUGUAAAGCUCAAAAGACUGAAUUGUCUCAAAAUCUUCAAAUUCUGUCUGAGAAAGCAAAAGGUACAACUGAGUUUAUUCAAAGGUUAAAGUGUAUGACAGAAAAAACUUCUGAAAACUGCCUUCAACUAGAGAAUACAAUUGAAAGCGAAUGUGAUGCACUUAUUGAUCUCAUUAAUCUCCGUAAGCAACAGCUGAUAGAUUUUCUUAGAAAAGAAAGAGAUUAUAAGAUGAAAUCUUUAAAAGAACAAGUAGCUGUAUGUACCAGUAAGUUGCAGCAAACUACUGGAGUAUUACAAUUUUGUAUUGAAGCAUUGAAAGAAACUGAUCCUUCAACAUUUUUACAGGUUGGAUCAUCACUUAUACAUAGGGUAUCAAAUUUAGACCUGACCUGGAGUCAGGAUAUUCCAUGUUCUCCUUGGACCUCUGAGGAAUUUGAUCUCACACUUGACCACCAAUCUGUUAUUCAGUCUAUAGAAAAUAUGACAUUCCUUCAGAUGAAACCUCCAGGUGCUCCUAUUAUUAUUCCUGAAGAGUGUACAUCUGAAAACAAUAGUAUAACUGUUGCCUGGCAACCACAUCCUUCAAGCUUUGUGGAAGGAUAUAUAUUAGAAUUGGAUGAUGGAAAUAGUGGAGCCUUCAGGGAAGUUUAUUGUGGCAAAGAAACUAUCUGCACUGUUGAUGGCCUUCAUUUCAAUUGUUUUUAUAAUGCUAGAGUAAAAGCUUAUAAUAGUACUGGUGAAGGACAAUACAGCGAACCAAUCUCUCUGCAAACAGCUGAAGUUGCUUGGUUUACAUUUGAUUCAUUAACAGCUCAUCCUGAAAUAGUUCUAAGCAAUGAAAAUAUGACUGUUACGUGUGAGAGCUUUGAACAUCGAGUCGUUCUGGGCAGUAUUGGAUUUUCAAGAGGCAUCCAUUAUUGGGAAGUAACCAUUAAUAGGUACGAUAGCAAUGCCGAUCCUGCAUUUGGAAUUGCUCGAUUCGAUGUUGUCAAAGAUCUCAUGCUAGGAAAAGACGAUAAAGGUUGGAGUAUGUACAUUGAUCACCAGAGGUCAUGGUUCUUGCAUGCUGAUUGUCAUGAAAACAGAACUGAUGGAGGAAUUGAAGUUGGCUCUGUUGUAGGCAUUCUUCUUGAUCUAGAACAACACCAACUUAGUUUCUUUGUGAAUGAUGAGCGUCAGGGACCAAUAGCCUUCACGGAUCUCCAUGGCGUCUUCUUCCCAGCUUUCAGUGUCAACCGUAAUGUCCAAAUCACUGUCCAAACUGCUCUGGAGCCUCCUGUAUCUGCCAAUUUAGACAUGGAAUCCUGUAAAGACAGUUUGUCUCAACUCUCUUUGUCAACAACCCUCUCCCCGUCACAUCACAAAAUUUAAAAUAACACAUUUUCGUUUCUACACACGUUCAAGUGGCCUUUUUUUAAAUUUUUUUUUUUAACGCCUUUGCUGUGGAAAGCUUUUCAAUUUUAUUUUUUUUAAAAUUAAGAUAGAAUGGGUAAAUAAGUGCUUUGAUACUGGUGUCUGUUGAUUUAAUGUUUUACCUUCUCAAAAGGUAUUUAAAAAAAUUUGUUGCAACUUGAUAUUUUAAAACUUGUGGUAUCAUACUAAUGUAUAAUUGUCUUUUAAGUAUUUUGUGCUUUUAGUUAUCCAGGAUGUUUAAAAAAGUGUUUAUUGAAAAUUUAAAAUAAAAAGUAUUAAAAAUUCUCUUUAUUUUAGAAUCAAAACAUAUGUGAGUUUUAAAUUAUUCAGUUAAAAAAAUAAUUCUUUUAAGUAAUAUUAAUUAGUAGCUUAGGUAACUUAUUUGCAAAUAAAUCUAAUCUUGACUGAUUAACUGCCUACUUUUAAAUGUUUACUACAAAAUUGUUUUUCAAAUAUCAACCUUAAAUGUGUUGUUAAUAAAUAACUAGGUAAAAAUGCAGUAUAUAAGAUAAAAGGAUACUUAUAAGAACACCAUUUAGAAAUGGUAGUUUCUUAUGUGAGUUAUUUGAAAUAAUUGUAUUUAUUUGAAAUUAUGAAUGUUGCAAAAAAAUCGUUUUUAUAUUUUAAAUAUUAACUCUUUCUAGAGUUUAAAUCUUAAGUUUUUUUAAGUAAGUCAAAUAUCAAAAGUAAUUUUAGUAUUUUAUAUAUUUAUAUUUCAUAUUAUCACUGCCAAAAUUUUUCAAUUUUAUGUACUUUUCAUAACUUAUGGAAAUAACGGUGUUCAUAUUCAAAAGAAAUAGUCAUAUCAUUUUUGAGAAUUUAGGGUUUACAUAAUUAAGAACUAAAGAUGACCUAAACCGGCAGUUAAAUAAAAUGCAUAGGUUGUUUCUCCUCUUCUUCUGUUACUUAUAUAAAUACCUUUUUUGAUCCAUAAUUCGUGAAUAGUAAAAUUACACAAUUGAUAAAGAUCCUGUUUAGCUUUGAAUUUAAAAAAAAAAAAAAUCUUUUUUUAAGCUUAAUUUAACUUUUUUUUGAUUAAUUUAUUCUAAAAUUAAUUGGUAAAAAUGUAGCCCCACUUUUGACGCCAUUUUGAUAGAGGAUUUUACUGAGCACAUAUUCAAACUAGCACAAUCGAGGACACACAGGAUUUUAGAACAUAAAAUUUUAUUUACUUAUUUAACCAUUAGAUCCUUAUUGAAUUAGAAAAUUAUUAUAUAAUUAUAAGAAAAUUUUUUUUAAUUCAAAAUACCUGAACAAAAUAAAUGGAGCAAAUCCAAAAAAUUUUUACCACCAGGAGUGAGGUUAAACUUCAGUUCUACCAAUCAAUCUCAAAAGAUAUUGUGCUUAGAAGCAGCAAUAAGAAAAUAAAAUUUUAGCAAAUUAGUGAGACAUUUCAGAUUAUUUUGUAUGUAUAUUUUUUUGAUAAGGGAAUAACAUUUUCACCAAAUCCACACCUUUUCCACAUUUUUAAUGUCAAAAAUUAAAUUUUUCCUUUUUAAAAUCAUUCCUAAUGCAAUGUAUCUCAAUAUCAUUGUUUUCUCAUGUUUAUGUAAGACUGAUUCAAUACAAAAUCCAAAUUUAUUUGCUUUCUCGAAUAAUCAGGGAAUUCGAAACAAGAAAAAAACU